GGCAUAGGGGCCGAUCAUUGGCUUCCCCAUCCUAGCAGUUCCUCUGGAGAAAGCCUGACACGUAGAGAGCGCAUGCGCAUAGUUGUUUCCGCGCUUCUUACCGCGCUCAUCAUCAAGCGUCUAGGGUCAGGCAGAAAGAGGAUGUGAUCAUGUCCUCGUUUCGCUGGGUUCGACCUCUUCAGCUCACAUUAGCUUUGAUUAAACCUGAAGCUGUAGCCCAUCCAGUUAUUUCUGAGGCAGUACAUCAAAAGAUUUUGGAAAACAACUUUUUGAUAUUGAGACGUAAAGAGCUUCAUUGGAGAUCCACUGAUUCGCAAAGGUUUUAUUGUGAGCACACAGGGCGAUUUUUCUAUCAACGACUAGUGGAGUUUAUGUCAAGUGGACCCAUGCAGGCAUAUAUUCUGGCACAUGAAGAUGCCAUCCAGUUAUGGAGGAAUGUAAUGGGGCCAACCAAAGUGUUCAGAGCAAGGAUUGUGGCUCCUGGAACUGUGCGGGGAGAUCUGGGACUGACUGAUACCCGUAAUACCACACAUGGGUCUGAUUCAGUUGAAUCGGCUCACCGUGAAAUCACAUUUUUUUUCCCUGAGUUCAAUACAAGCAAUUGGUAUGAGAAGCAAGAACCUCGCUACAGAACGGAGCCAGUAUACUAUGAUGAAGAACGAUUAGAACAUCGGCUUGCAGAGGAGUGAAGGGAACUACAAGGAAAACUGUGGUUUUUUUUUUGUCUCUACCAUCAUGUCACAUAACAGACUGUUUUUAAAGUGUGUGGUUUUAGCAUGAAGAGGCUGUGUCCCUAGACUAGACAAAAUUAUGAAGGGGGUUCUGCUGUACACAUUUUUGCAGCAGCAUACGAAGAUCAAAGAAUAAUGGGAACUAUUUUAUGCCUCUCUUGGAGGAUUUUGAGUUUGACCCCAUUCCCUGAGUCCAGUAAUGGAUAACAUUAAGGGCCUGAAUGCUGCCUACUCAAAAGGGCACCACUUUAAAUUUUAUAUUGGUGAUGGCCCAAGACAAAAUAUUUUAAUAAAAUAAACAUAUCCACAUUUGACAAUUAGCACAGGGUUAAAUGAGAGUGAGCGCAGAAGGGCCACAUGUGCGUUCCAAGAUGCUUGUUGGGCUUCAUUGCCUUUUAAACGUGUAUUGAACGUUUUGGCCAACCUUGCACUGAAACAGAUUACAGGACUCCUUUGUGAUCCAAACCAUGCACAGUGUGCAUUUUUGCUUUUCUUCCCUUGAAUCCUGCCUAAUAGUGAUCUAAGGUGGUGUUCCACCAGACACGAUUGUGUUGUGGACAGUGUGUUAAAGGAGAAGGAAACUAACUAAGCCUUAUCAGAAAGGUCCACCUAAAUAUACCAGUAAACCCUCAAA